AUGGCCACAAAGGAGGAAUUUGUAACUGUGAAGGCAUUCUUGCCCACAGUCCCGCUUCCCGCAAAUAGCGAGCGACCAGCAAUAACAACGGAUCGCUUACUCCUCCGCGCCCUCCAACCAACCGACUUAGAAGCGUUACACAUCCUGCGCACACAAGAAGAAGUCAUGAAAUGGACGAGUGCUAGGUGCAUCGACGAAAGCAUUGAGAAGACCAAAUCCAAACUGGAUCCGUUCCUACCACCAAACGAUCUUAUCACCGCCAAUUUCGCCAUCUGCCUGAAGGAAACGGGCGAGUUUAUCGGUAUUGGUGGCUGCCAUCUUUAUCCUGGAAGACAUGGGUGGCCUGAAGCUGGAUAUAUGCUUCGGACGGACGCUUGGGGAAAAGGCUUCGCGACGGAGUUCUUGACGGCCUGGCUCCGGUUUUGGUCAGAAUUACCUCGAUCAGAGCGGGAGGUCAGUGUUGAUAAAGAAAUGGUCAUUGGAGAAGGUGUAGUGGAUGGACACCUUAUCGCUAUCACAGAAGCAAGCAAUAGUGGAAGUCAGAAGGUACUGGUGAAAUGCGGGUUUGAGCGAUUCCGCGAGUUUACCGAGGUGGAUGGUACCGAGACUGUGAAGCUCGUUGCUUUCCGUUUCCUUUCAAAGCGAUAG